AUGCAUCGCUGUCUCCUUAUUGACGAGAUUUUGGAAGUCAUAUUCUCUCAGUCGGGGCGUCGGACACUAUGCAGCCUCGCCAGGACGUGUCAGGCAUUCCAUGAACCAGCCACUGCGCUGAUUUGGCAGGACAUAAUGGGUUUGUGGCCUAUUUUACGGUUGCUCCCAGCGGCGACCGCAACUUCGUGGACGGAACAGCGGGGGGCCGAUCCCGAAUCCGACGAGCGUCACGGACCACCCAUAGUGGUGACGCGCCCGCUCAAGUCAGAAGAAUGGCUCAUUUUCAAGCGGCUUUCACAGCGAGUUCGCGAUAUACAUGUCAUUGUUACUCAGAAACCACGCUGCUAUUCCAUAACUCCGGGGUCACUCUCCCUUCUCCUCCACCCUCCAGGGAACGAGUCCUUAGAGUCUCUUUUUCCGAAUGUUCAGCAUUUGUCAUUCCGCUGCCAGGGCUUCUCGUUAGAGACAAGUGACUACCAAAAUCACGUUUUGACCUUACUUCGUAUCUUCGUUCGGCCGCAACUGUCUACGCUCGAGUUACUUCUCGGUGGAACGCUUUACGUGCCCCUGAACGCGUCGGGCAUUCUAGCGUCGUGCCCAAACCUCCGUACGCUGCAUACCGUCACCGAUUCUCUCGAGACGCGGGAGGGCUUCCCUGCGUUCGUCACCCCCGACAUCUCUAGCUUUCAAUCACUAGAGACGGUCAGGAUACAUGACGUGUCUUGGGACCUCCUUGCCUCCCUCGCUCAAAAGAAAACAUUACGGUGCCUUGUUAUAAAUUUCCGUAGACCACUUGGUUCACCAGCCCCCCCACCGACAAACGAGGCGUUCGUGGGACUACGCUACUUGAGCACCCAUAUCGCUUCCUUAGAGCUAACGUUAAGAUUUUAUCGUUGGGCAUCGUUUAGUGAACUCCGAACUUUAAGCAUACUCGCUACGGAUUUCGCUCGUAGCGAUUAUUCGGAGGACCUCGAAGAACUUCUCACUCUCAUCCCCUUGCAUCGCCCUUUCUUAGAGAGGAUUCACGUCAAUUUAGGUUUCGCUCCUCCUCGUCAGCCGAGGCAUUGGGUAUUGACGAAAUCUAUCUUGACUCCAUACCUCUCGCUCCGCCACCUCAAGGUUCUCGAUAUUACAUUGGCGUCUCGGAGCUAUAGUCCGCAGCUCACAGAUGAUGACCUCAUGCAGAUGGUCCAGUGUUGGCCACUGCUAAUUGAACUUCAUCUGAAGACAUACACCUGUGGGUGGGUGCUACCCACUGGACUCUCCCUUGGGGGCAUUGCUGCCCUCAUUCAGCUUUGUCCGAACCUAGAGGGAUUUUCUCUCGUUUUCAAUGCGACGGAAAUUCCCAAAAUAGCCUGUCAUCCCGAUGGAAACCCAGUCCAGAACACAAAGAUCCGGUCUCUCCAAGUGGGUAAUUCGCCGAUUUCAUCACCCGAGAACGUUGCUAUGUAUUUGCGCCUUCUCAUGCCUGGGUUACACGUGGCGUCUACCUGUAACACGAUGGACUCGACCCACAAAAUGCAUUGGAAGACUGUGUCAGCGCUGCUUGCGUGA